UCCAAAAACCAAGUACUCACUUCAACAUCACUUUGUAAGAAACUCUACAUGCACAACUAGCUACUUGCACACUCAUAUCCGACCCAACAUCUAAACCAAAUGAAUCCGGAUGACCCGAUCACCAAACGGGUCAAACGCAGCAGAGAACAUGUAGAAGAAAACAACCACAACCACACCAAUGCCACAACUAUUAAACCCACCAAAACCAACAGUAAGCACCCGAUAUACAGAGGGGUCCGAAGACGUGCAUGGGGAAAAUGGGUAUCCGAGAUCCGAGAACCCAAGAAAAAGUCCCGGAUCUGGCUCGGGACCUUUUCUGACCCGCAAAUGGCCGCACGUGCACACGAUGUCGCUGCACUUUCCAUCAAAGGCAAGUCGGCUAUUCUUAACUUCCCCGAACUGUCGGACAUCUUGCCUCGUCCGGUUUCUUGCUCCCCACGUGACAUACAGGCUGCGGCUACUGAAGCUGCUGCCAUGGUUCAUCUUACGACUGAAACGACGUCGUUGUCGACAUGCUCAAAAGAGGUGAGUAAGAUGGUGGAGGUUCCGGCUAUGGGUACUGAGGGUUUUGUGACGGAUGAUUUUGUUAUUUUGAACGGUGGUUGGGAGUAUGAUGAGUCGGCACGGUGGCUGGACGACGGAGACGGUGGAUAUUAUGGUGGAGAGCCGGUGGGUGUAUUGCCGGGUAGUUCUGGAAGUGUUAUUUUAUCUGGUAGCCUGUUCAUCGAUGCCUCGUUAUGGCAAUAUUAAUUAAUUGAUGACA